GCACCUGCAUCUCUGUCAGCGCCAGUGAGGUGGUUGUCUACCCUGCUUCCCUACAAGUGAGCGCAGUUACCUGCCCUCAUGGCCACCCUGUACACCCCGCCGUGCGUCGCCGUGCACGCAGCUUGUCUUGGUUGACAGACAAACACCAUGUGUAUCGGGCUCGUCCGUGUGUCCGUGUGCACGCAGCUUGUUGUCUGUGACACACAACGCCAUCUGUCGCCGCCAGUGUGCGUCCGUCAGCGGCGGGAAGAGCGGCUCUCUGCAGCCCGGGGUGCGCAUGCGUGGGGGGGAAAGGUGCCGACACCACCUUCACGUUUUUCUUGUGACUGCCAGGAAGGUCAGAGGCCGAAGCCCAGGAGCCUGAGGGGCAUGGUGCCAGCGCCGGUUAUUUGCGGCGACAACCUCAGGCAACGUCACAGGCCACGUCACAGCCCACAGCAGGCCGCUGACCUUCUGCCCUGCUGACGACGACAGACAUGGAGGUAGCACCAGCACUUACAGCCACCACGGAAUGGGUGUCCAGUCGUUCUUCAACGGGUACAUUCAUGGGGUGCACACUGAAUAUUCCUUCACGGAAGUACGUGUUGACAGCGAGUGCAGUGCGCAUGCGGAAGCUGUCGACUUGCUGUUGGUGAUGUCAGUGCUGGGCUGUCACACAGCUCACCUGUGGACUGCUGACGUGGUCGUUGUCACGCAUCACCUGGGUGCUUGCUGACGUCUCCACAACAAACUAACGGCACAAGGCAGCGGAUGUCUGGCAGCACAUCAGGGGACAAUCUGCGUGAAAGGUCAUCGUCACCGGCAGAUGGCGAUGUAGUCACGGCGGUCGGGAAGGAGGCAAGUGUCGUGUCGCUCAGAUGUGGAGGGAGAGAGUUGUCGUCCCAUGCUGUUCCUCUCCAGAGACCAGCCUGACACCCGAGACUGACUUCUGACUUUGAUUGGUGACCCGCGGAGUUUCAGCACUCCCUGAUGACGGCCCUGGCCAUGACCCUGUCCAUGGAGGUGCCGCUCGUGAAAGACGAGGUGCUCGUGACGUCAGAAGGCAACAUGACGCCGGGGGGAGCUCCGCGCGACCCGCACGAGGCCUUCUACCUGCAGGCUCGCUUCGUCACUGGCCUUGUCAUCUAUCCCAUAAUAUGCGUGCUGGGGCUGAGCGGAAACAUUCUGUGCAUCAUCGUCAUGACCCGCAAGCAGAUGAGCAGCUCCACCAACGUCUACCUUCUCUCACUCGCCAUCUCCGACGUCGUCAAGCUCGUCAGCGACCUGCUCUACUUCCUCGUCGUCCUGCUGGUGCACGUCGACUCGCCGUCCGGUAACAAGGCCUACGGCUUCUUGUAUCCCUACGCGCACUACAUCUUCAACUCGUCGCUGUGCGUGUCGGCCUGGCUGACGGUGUCCGUCGCUUUCGAGCGAUACAUCUACGUGUGCCACCCCACCAAGGUCAAGGCCUUCUGCAGCAUCCCGCGCGCGCGCACCAUCUCCUUCGCCGUCUUCAUCAGCAUGAGCGUCAUCGCCAUCCCUUACGCCAUGCGCUACCGGACGGUGGAGAACUUCAGCAACCACACCGGACAGCUCACCUUCUCGCUGGAGGUCACCAAGUUGUGGGAGGACCGACUCUUCGCCGACAUCUACACGUGGGUGCAGAACCUACUCAGAUCCAUCAUCCCUCUGGUCAUCCUCAUUAUUCUCAACGUCUGCAUCAUCUACGGUAUUCGUCGCUGUCGAUUUGGCCAGUCCAAGUCCGGCAGACGAUACCGCAUCACCAUCAUGCUCGUCUUUGUCAUCCUCAUCUUCCUGGUGUGCAUCACUCCAGACGCCAUCAUGUCCACGUGUUUCGGUCUCGGUUAUUAUGAAGAGGCCUACCUGCAGCGAGGCAUUCGAGAAAUCACAGACCUGCUGCUGCUCGUCAAUUCCGCAACAAACUUUGUUCUCUACUGCAUUUUCAACACCAUCUUCUGGAAAAACUUUGUCUUCCUCUUCUGUCGCCGCUGUUGUCCUGGCCGAACGCAGGCCGACGAGUCCAACCUGCGGUGGAUCUCACUGGUGGGGCGGUCUGCGCGCUCCGCCCCUGCUCGCUGCUCGAGCAAACGUAGUGCCAAGGGCAACAACUGCGGGGGCGACAGUCCGCUGCUGGACAUCCACAACAACCACAACAACCACACCACCGACCAGCGCCUGCGGAGAGCGUCCAGCAGACAAGCGACGAUCUAGUCGUCAGACACUCGGCAGCGUCCGGCCACCACCUGGUCUGCACAAACCUUGGAACCUCCAUCAACCGAGCAACUCACUUGUCUUCACAACCCCCGGGGUUCACGGCGACUCUUGCUGCCCUGGGGAAUGCUGGGAGUCAGGACCAGAGGGCAGAGGUGAAGCGCAGCAUGCAAGUCGGAACGAGUCAGAAGUACAAAGUGAACUGAGUUAUAUUGUGUACACACUGGGUUAUCCUGUGUACAUACUGAGUUAUCCCGUUUACACACAGUUAUCCUGUGUACAAGCUGAGCUAUCCUGAGUAAUACUGUGUACACGCUGAGUGAUAUUAUGUACACACUGAAUUAACCUAACCUUUGUACAAGCAGUGUUUGUACACAGUGUUAUCAUGUACACACACUGAGUUAUCCUGUGCACACACUGAGUUAUCCUGUGUACACACUGAGUUAUCCUGUGUACACACUGAGUUAUCCGGCGUAGAAGAGUUAGCUGAUUGAAAGGCAGAACUGCUUGUCAAGAUGAAGAUUCACUGAUGACAUUUGUGAGAAAGACUGAGGUAGACAAGGUUGUUGAGUAUGUAGACAAACUAGUCUUUAAAUAUUUUGUAUACCAGAGCAGCGAGCACAAUAACGCAGUUGACGCCGGCGUCAGUGAGGACCCUGUCUGACAGGGUGAGGAUGUCACGUGCUCAGUGGCUAGUGUGUCAACUAUUGUUUGGACGACAUGUGGUGCUGUCUCAGUGUUUGUGUAAAUAAUGCAGAGAUUGUCAACACUACAGUGUUUAUGUAGUUACUGCAGUGUUUACAUCAGUAUUACAUGCAGUGUUUACAUCAGUACUACAUGCAGUGUUUACAUCAGUACUACAUGCAGUGUUUACAUCAGUACUACAUGCAGUGUUUAUCGCUCAAAGACACCAGCGCACGAGCACGACUAUGGUAGACAAGACAGCACAAGGACGUGGGAGGAAUGAUUGGCAACACGUGAGCAGUGAACACGUGACCUGCACCAGGAGACAGUUUGCUACAAGACCUGCUGUUAGACGAGACUUUGCCAAAAGAUGUGACGUCAGCAGACGUUUUGCCUGUCGCUCGGCAGACCACGUGACAGAUCAUCAGUGGCGCCCCUCCAGUCAGUGAGGAGGAGAGAAGUGAGAGAUAACAAAGUCUUAUGUCAAUCCGUGUCGUCAGUCUGGUGUUGAUGUGUCAUUAAUACAUUAUUUCAGUUU